CAGCCGGAAGUUGGGUACCGGAAACAACAGUUGCUAUGGAGCAGGCGGAGGACUGGCUGGUGGAAUCCUUGCGCUUGUACCAGGAUUUCCAUGCAUUUGACCUUUCAGCAGCCACCCGAGUCCUUGAAUGGAUUGGUGACAAAGGAGUCUUUGUUGCUGGCUAUGAAAGCAAGAAAAAAAAUGAAAUUCUUCAUCUAAUGCUACCUCCUAGGCUUUCUGCAAAGGAAAACCAGGGCUUAUUCCCAGAAAGAGAUUUCAAAGUGUGCCAUGGCGGAUUCUCGGACAGAGCUGUCCUGGAGCUAAAGCACUUGCCGGAUACCAGGUUACUGGUGACCAGUGGACUUCCAGGUUGUUACUUGCAAGUGUGGCGGGUUGAAGAGGACAGCGAUGUCAUUAAAGCUGUCAGCACUGUUCCCGUACGAAAGGAAGUGGGGGAUCUCUGGUCUAGGCUAGCUGUCUUCUCCUCGACACCCAGAGUCCUUCAUGGGGCGCGGCUCAGCAGUCUGCAGGUGGUGGAUCUGGAAUCUGGGGAGACCACGUACACCUCAGGUGUCAGUGACGGUGAGGAGCUGAGCAGUCUUCAGGUCCUUGAUGGUGCCACUUUUGCGUUCUGCUGCAUCUCAGGCCGCCUAGGGCUGGUCGAUACCCGCCAGCCGUGGGCACCUUUGGAAAACCCUGGUCAAAGUCCUGGCUCUGGUGGCCAGAGAUGGUGUGCAGAAGUAAGGGUUGGGGACCAGGGCCCUGGGCCCUGCUUCUCCAGCCUGGGAGCAGAUGGACAGCUCCGUCUCCUCGACACACGAGAUCUCUGCCACCCCCUGAGCUCAGUCCAGUGUGCGGUGUCCACACCAAGUCCCAACCCGGAGCUGCUGCGAGUGACAUGGGCCCCAGGCCUAGACAACUGCCUGGCCAUCUCAGGCUUUGAUGGAACUGUCCAGGUCUAUGAUGUCACAUCUUGGGAGGGAGUGGGGAGCCGAGUGGAGCCGCUCUUCACCCACAGAGGUCAUAUCUUCCUAGAGGAAGGCGAGGGGGAUGCUGCUCCGCUGGUCACCACCCACUCCUGGCACCCCUGCAAACCCAGGACUUUGUUAUCAGCAGCCAGUGAUGCCUCUGUGCAUGUGUGGGACUGGGUGGACCCUCAUGCCACCUGUUGACUCAGGGUUGGGAGAGUGGGGUGGGUACCAGAUCAGAAGGCCACGGUGCAGGGCCCUGCUGCCGACUGUGAGGGCUCAGGUAAGUCAGCCAACCUCUCUCAGCCUGUUUUCUGCUUUGUACAAUGAAGGCAUUGAUGGAGCUGGUCGUGGUGAUGCACACCUGUAAUCCCAGUUCUUGGGAAGCUGAGGCAGGAGGAUUGCCAUGAGUUCAAGGCCAGUU